AUGAUUUCUCAACGUUUUCAUACAGAUGGAAUAAUGUGGCGACAUCCGCUUUUGGCAGUACUACUAUCGACUUUCUGCCUACUAACAAUAGCAGGCAACUGCCUUGUGGUUAUUGCAGUAUGCACAAAAAAGUAUUUACGAAACCCCACAGGGUAUCUUAUUAUAUCACUGGCUAUCGCCGAUUUGAUCGUUGGAUUGGUAGUGAUGCCGUUAAAUUCUCUAUUCGAAAUGACUAAUCACGAAUGGCUUCUGGGAUUAACGAUGUGCGAUUUGUUCCACGCAUUAGAUAUCCUGGCAUCAACGAGUUCAAUCUGGAAUCUCUGUGUGAUUAGCCUUGAUAGGUACAUGGCUGGUCAAGAUCCAAUAGGAUAUCGUGAUAAGGUCUCGAAACGACGUAUUCUGAUGGCUAUUUGUGGCGUAUGGAUGAUGUCAGCUUGUCUGUCAUUUCCAGCUAUUAUAUGGUGGAGGACUACAUCACCUCACUUGUAUGAGCACAAGAACAAGUGCUUAUUCACUGAUAGCGCCAUGUACGUCGGUUUCUCUUCACUAGUAUCAUUUUACAUUCCUCUAUGUCUUAUUCUAUUCGCUUAUGGUAAAGUAUUUGUAAUCGCAACACGACAUUCACGUGGAAUGCGAAGGGGAAUGAAAAAGGUGAAAUGCAAGAAUGGUCGGCGAACACAGGCUGAUUCCGAGAGUAUGAUGUCCAGUGAAGCCGAGCCCACACUACGCAUUCACAUAGGUAGAGCUCGAAAAAUGAGUCGAAGCCUUCGACAACCACGAACAGCUCAGGAGUCCACAAAGUUGCUGCUCAAACAGGUUUCUUGUAAAAGUCUCGUUGAACGAGAGGAUCAGCCAUUGGCCAGUUCUCGAGCACCACUUCUUCGCCAAGAGUCUGCGAACAAUGCGAGAUCACUGUUCCGAGUUCGUGCUGCUGGGGUGCCUUCAUUUCGAUCCAGUACGCUGAGUGUAGCCCAUACACCGACCCUUCAGAUACAACGAGAUGAACCGAGCGAUAUUUCAUCGGUCAGUUCACCGCAGAUGGGACGACGAAAGCUGAACGUUCGAGAAAAAUCGCGUCAAAUGGUGAAAUAUGUGCAUGAACAGCGAGCUGCCCGUACACUGUCCAUCGUCGUUGGAGCGUUUAUCAUAUGCUGGACGCCAUUCUUCGUCUUCUCCCCUCUCACUGUCUUGUGUGAUACAUGUUUCGACGACAAGGAUACGAUCUUCACAAUAGUUACCUGGGCUGGUCAUCUCAAUUCGAUGCUGAAUCCGUUGAUCUAUUCACGUUUUUCGCGUGAUUUCCGACGAGCCUUCAAGCAGAUUCUCACUUGUCAACGUGAACAGAAAGUGAAGACGGCCUUCAAAACUCCCUUAUCGCUUGUUUUCACUCAGCUCAUUUCGGUCACUCAAAUGUGGGAUCCACAACAAAAUACACCUAUUGAAUGA